AUGGCUCGGACAACUCUAGUUGACACUUGCUGUCUAUUCUUAUUCUUGCUGUUGUUGGCUGAUCUCUCCAGUUGCAAAGAGAUUAUGGUUGGAGGCAAACCCAGCGCCUGGAAAAUCCCUUCUUCCCCUUCUGAUUCCCUCAACAAAUGGGCUGAGAGUUUACAUUUUCACGUUGGCGAUUCUCUCGUGUGGAAGUACGAUGGGGAAAAGGACUCGGUUCUGCAAGUGACAAAAGAAGCUUACAUUAACUGCAACACCACAAACCCGGCAGCUAACUACAGCAAUGGAGACACCAAGGUUAAUCUAGAUAGAUCUGGUUCUUUCUUCUUCAUUAGCGGCUCCAAAAGCAACUGUGUGGAAGGCGAGAAGCUUCACGUUGUUGUCAUGUCCUCUCGUGGUGGCCACCACCACACUGGUGGUUUCUUCACCGGCUCUGCUCCUUCUCCGGCACCUUCUCAGGCUCUUCUGGGAGCUCCAGCGGUUCCUCCUGCAACUGGUUCUGCUUCUUCUUUGACAAGAAGAAUUGGAGUUUUGGGAUUUGUUGGGUUAGCAGUUGUCUUGCUCUCGUUCUACUACUAG